AUGUUCCAUAAUGUGCAGCGAUCUGAGACCGAGCAUGGUGUCUACAAGAUAGACCAGGUUGAGAACUCAACCUUAUGUGGUUACAGGAGCAAGGAUCGAAUGCCUUUCGCUUUGGCUGCGGGUAUAUUUGCCGUGUCCGGAUCUUUACAUACGACGACUCAAGAGAUAGAAGUCACUCUUGAAGUGUAUAAGAUGAACCUGGGUACCUUGCACGGAUACGCCAACCGCGGGCUUAAAAUCGAUUUGGAUCUUAAUAUGGUGGAGGGUAGCAUUGAGCUACGAUUGACUGCUUUUGACGAAUUGUGGCUUCAUAUCGAUACAAAGGUCUUUCAGGUGACCGAGGAUGGCUCUGGGGAGUUUAUAGAAUAUAAGAAGGCACAUCGUAUUCAAGAAAUUCCGGGAAUUACGUGCGCUCCCUGGGUUUCUGCCGGUGUUAAUCUUUAG